UGUUGCGGAGUGAUUAGUGGGUUUGAAAAGCGAACCGUGGCUCGGCCUCAUUUCCCGCUCUGGUUCAGGCGCAGGAGGAAGUGUUUUGCUGGAGGAUGAUGACAGAGGUCAGGCUUCGCUAAUGGGCCAGUGAGGAGCGGUGGAGGCGAGGCCGGGCGCCGGCACACACACAUUAACACACUUGAGCCAUCACCAAUCAGCAUAGGUGUGCUGGCUGCAGCCACUUCCCUCACCCACACUCUUUAUCUCUCACUCUCCAGCCGCUGACAGCCCAUUUUAUUGUCAAUCUCUGUCUCCUUCCCAGGAAUCUGAGAAUUGCUCUCACACACCAACCCAGCAACAUCCGUGGAGAAAACUCUCUCUCACCAGCAACUCCUUUAAAACACCGUCAUUUCAAACCAUUGUGGUCUUUAAGCAACAACAGCAGCACAAAAAACCCCAACCAAACAAAACUCUUGACAGAAGCUGUGACAACCAGAGAGGAUGCCUCAUAAAGGGGGAAGACUUUAACUAGGGGCGCGCAGAUGUGUGAGGCCUUUUAUUGUGAGAGUGGACAGACAUCCGAGAUUUCAGAGCCCCAUAUUCGAGCCCCGUGGAAUCCCGCGGCCCCCAGCCAGAGCCAGCAUGCAGAACAGUCACAGCGGAGUGAAUCAGCUCGGUGGUGUCUUUGUCAACGGGCGGCCACUGCCGGACUCCACCCGGCAGAAGAUUGUAGAGCUAGCUCACAGCGGGGCCAGGCCGUGCGACAUUUCCCGAAUUCUGCAGACCCAUGCAGAUGCAAAAGUCCAAGUGCUGGACAAUCAAAACGUGUCCAACGGAUGUGUGAGUAAAAUUCUGGGCAGGUAUUACGAGACUGGCUCCAUCAGACCCAGGGCAAUCGGUGGUAGUAAACCGAGAGUAGCGACUCCAGAAGUUGUAAGCAAAAUAGCCCAGUAUAAGCGGGAGUGCCCGUCCAUCUUUGCUUGGGAAAUCCGAGACAGAUUACUGUCCGAGGGGGUCUGUACCAACGAUAACAUACCAAGUGUGUCAUCAAUAAACAGAGUUCUUCGCAACCUGGCUAGCGAAAAGCAACAGAUGGGCGCAGACGGCAUGUAUGAUAAACUAAGGAUGUUGAACGGGCAGACCGGAAGCUGGGGCACCCGCCCUGGUUGGUAUCCGGGGACUUCGGUGCCAGGGCAACCUACGCAAGAUGGCUGCCAGCAACAGGAAGGAGGGGGAGAGAAUACCAACUCCAUCAGCUCCAACGGAGAAGAUUCAGAUGAGGCUCAAAUGCGACUUCAGCUGAAGCGGAAGCUGCAAAGAAAUAGAACAUCCUUUACCCAAGAGCAAAUUGAGGCCCUGGAGAAAGAGUUUGAGAGAACCCAUUAUCCAGAUGUGUUUGCCCGAGAAAGACUAGCAGCCAAAAUAGAUCUACCUGAAGCAAGAAUACAGGUAUGGUUUUCUAAUCGAAGGGCCAAAUGGAGAAGAGAAGAAAAACUGAGGAAUCAGAGAAGACAGGCCAGCAACACACCUAGUCAUAUUCCUAUCAGCAGUAGUUUCAGCACCAGUGUCUACCAACCAAUUCCACAACCCACCACACCUGUUUCCUCCUUCACAUCUGGCUCCAUGUUGGGCCGAACAGACACAGCCCUCACAAACACCUACAGCGCUCUGCCGCCUAUGCCCAGCUUCACCAUGGCAAAUAACCUGCCUAUGCAACCCCCAGUCCCCAGCCAGACCUCCUCAUACUCCUGCAUGCUGCCCACCAGCCCUUCGGUGAAUGGGCGGAGUUAUGAUACCUACACCCCCCCACAUAUGCAGACACACAUGAACAGUCAGCCAAUGGGCACCUCGGGCACCACUUCAACAGGACUCAUUUCCCCUGGUGUGUCAGUUCCAGUUCAAGUUCCCGGAAGUGAACCUGAUAUGUCUCAAUACUGGCCAAGAUUACAGUAAAAAAAAAAAAAAAAAAAAAAAAAAGGAAAGGAAAUAUUGUGUUAAUUCAGUCAGUGACUAUGGGGACACAACAGUUGAGCUUUCAGGAAAGAAAGAAAAAUGGCUGUUAGAGGCGCUUCAGUUCUACAACUGUGUCCUGUAUUGUACCACUGGGGAAGGAAUGGACUUGAAACGAGGACCUUUGUAUACAGAAGGCACGAUAUCAGUUGGAACAAAUCUUCAUUUUGGUAUCCAAACUUUUAUUCAUUUUGGUGUAUUAUUUGUAAAUGGGCAUUUGUAUGUUAUAAUGAAAAAAAGAACAAUGUAGACUGGAUGGAUGUUUGAUCUGUGUUGGUCAUGAAGUUGUUUUUUUUUUUUUUUAAAAAGAAAACCAUGAUCAACAAGCUUUGCCACGAAUUUAAGAGUUUUAUCAAGAUAUAUCGAAUACUUCUACCCAUCUGUUCAUAGUUUAUGGACUGAUGUUCCAAGUUUGUAUCAUUCCUUUGCAUAUAAUUAAACCUGGAACAACAUGCACUAGAUUUAUGUCAGAAAUAUCUGUUGGUUUUCCAAAGGUUGUUAACAGAUGAAGUUUAUGUGCAAAAAAGGGUAAGAUAUAAAUUCAAGGAAGAAAAAAAGUUGAUAGCUAAAAGGUAGAGUGUGUCUUCGAUAUAAUCCAAUUUGUUUUAUGUCAAAAUGUAAGUAUUUGUCUUCCCUAGAAAUCCUCAGAAUGAUUUCUAUAAUAAAGUUAAUUUCAUUUAUAUUUGACAAGAAUACUCUAUAGAUGUUUUAUACACAUUUUCAUGCAAUCAUACGUUUCUUUUUUGGCCAGCAAAAGUUAAUUGUUCUUAGAUAUAGUUGUAUUACUGUUCACGGUCCAAUCAUUUUGUGCAUCUAGAGUUCAUUCCUAAUCAAUUAAAAGUGCUUGCAAGAGUUUUAAACUUAAGUGUUUUGAAGUUGUUCACAACUACAUAUCAAAAUUAACCAUUGUUGAUUGUAAAAAACCAUGCCAAAGCCUUUGUAUUUCCUUUAUUAUACAGUUUUCUUUUUAACCUUA